CUACUGGGUUACCAAAUCUGGAAAGAAGAUACAUAUAGACAUAUAGGUGUGUGUUUAGAUAGGUCACCUGUCAUUACCAUCAGAAGUCAGUGUAAAAGUAAGCCGUCGACAGCAAAAGACAACGCUUUUCUCAAUAUUGAGUCAUUAGGCCAGAAAAUUGACAAACUUGUCAAGAAACUAAAAGCUGAAUAUGAUGAGAUUAAACACAAGCAGAUUCAAGCUCUACAAGAACAACUGGAUGACAUAAACAAAAAAAUUAUUGAAAUCAAGGAUGAAAUCAAUUCAAUAGACAAAGCUGUUACCUCUUAUACUGUUUCCAGUCUCUUAUUUAGCACUACAUUUGAUGUAGAUAAGUACAGACAGCUACCACAUAAAAUUACGCUUUAUUCACCUACAUUCACCAAAGGCAAAAUCAAUGGAGAGCAACUCAGUGAACUGUUUGGAACUUUAUCAUUAACUUCCCUAUCCCCAGAAAAGAAAGGUUACAACAUAAAGACAUCACAGAAAUUACAUGAAGUUGGAUCCUCUGCUCCAGUCAAACAGCUGCUUGAUGAACCAGAGACUGUCACCACCAUAAACACUGGUUAUAAAUACCUUUACAAUGUGGCCUGUUUCAGUGAUGAAGAAAUCUGGACAAGUGGGGAUGACAGCACAAUGAAACUUUUCAGCAUCAAUCAGGGAUCACUACUCAAGUCAAUCACAACUAAGUCAGGGACUACACACUUUAGCAUAGAAGUGACAAAAAGUGGAGACCUAGUUUAUACCGAUUACAAGGAUAGAACUGUUAACAUUGCGAAGAAUGAGAAAAUAAAUGUUGAGGAAAUGAUCCGUCUACAGGAUUGGAAACCUCGUGCUGCCUGUACUACUUCAUUGGAUGAUCUGCUGGUUAUCAUGGUGAAUGAUGCUUAUAAACGAACAAACGUUUAUUAUGAUUUUAGUUUCCAUAGAAUGUUGUUGUCUGUCUUUUUUCCAGUGUGGCUGUUUGCUCUCUGCUGUCUAAAUGCUGGAAAAUGCUUAAGUCAUCAAUUGAAAAAGAAUAUUCAUCCAACCUAA